AUGGCCGAGAAGAAAGAGUUCUGGAAGCAGUUCACCGCUAGCCAGACCGCGUCAUCGCUGCGCAGCUGCCUGAUUGGGAUGGGCGCUAAGCCUCGGCUCUCCAAGAUCGAGGAUAUUUUGGACGACGCUGAUUUAGUUGCGUCAGCCCGCUGGGUCAACGGCUUCAUGCGUCGCUACGGGCUGUCGCUACCACGCACCACCAAUCUUACCGUGCUCACUGAUGAUCGACGCGGUCCCACUCGUGUGCCUCCGAUCCGCAACAGCAGGAGCCUGCCCUCGAGCUACACGAAUCAUCGGUGCGCACGCCUCCUCGCACCGACCAGCGUCUUAACCAGAGUACCCGGCUCCGCGCGACCUCCCUGCACGUUCCGGUCCGAAAGCGAAGAGCCGGAUGACAGCAACGAUGAAGACUCGAGCAUUGCCGAAUCAACUGCGGAGGAUGGAGAGGUGACGGGAGACAGCGAGGUGAUUGAAGACGAUGAGCCAGCCGACGAGGACACAAGUAUCAAUUUGAUCGAGGUCGACCUUCACCAGAAGGUGACAAGCCUUAUCAGAACCGACAAGUAUGACAAAGUCAGAGAGCUGAUGACCGUCUACUCGAUGCUAGGCGCGCUCAUGCAAAUGGAUACGGUGGAGCGUCACCGUGACAAGGGCUAG